UUACUGAACACCUACAACUGCUUCUUGAAAGACAAUACACACCUGCAGCUCACUGUUCAUGAGUAUGCAGGAAAGGUGACAUUGGAAGGCAUCCUGGUCAUUUAUUGGGGUGUAAAGAGACCCAUUCGGUUACAAAUACAAGAUGAGAAACAGAUAUUUGCAAAUGAGUCUUCAAUCAAAUCAUCAGACCCUAUCAGUCCACUUGGAAGCAAAAGGGGUAUGACACGAUGGGGAGAAUUUGACAACCUUCACAAUAUUGCUGAACUGGAGGAAGCUGGAUCACCUGAAAAUCCUACUGAAGACUACAUCGUAUACGAGACCACGACUUUAAGGCCAUCGCGGACCACGCAAAUCAAUGAAGAUAGUUCAUAUCUGAUCCGCACCAUGAGCGAUGCCUCGCUGGUGAAAAUGAGGGUGAAAAGUAAGAAGAUGAUUGAAAGUCAGAAGAACAGAAACCAUCGCUUCUCUAUCAAUGGACACUUCUACAACUAUAAGACAUCUGUUUUCACACCAUCAUUUGGAGCAACCACAAAUGUGCACAUUAACAGCAGGAUGACGACACAAGAGGUCAUUACACAACUGCUACACAAAUUUAAAGUAGAAAACAGUCCAAAUGAAUUUUCCCUCUACUGCAUUCAUCAAACUGGAGAGAAGCGAAGGUUGAGCAGUUCAGACCUGCCCUUGUGGGAGCGUGUUCUCCAAGGACCAUCAAACAUCAUUAUGAGGAUGUUCCUUAUGGAUGCAGACGAAGAGGAAAUUAGUCUUGAUGUAGCUCAGUACCUCAAUUUAGAAAUGCCCAUUUUGAAGGUUAUCCUGCAGAAACUAGAAGAGCAAGAGAAUCUAGAGAUACAAAGGAUAAUAGCAAAAUACCAGAAGGAACGGGGUCUCUUGUUGCAGUGCUUGAGGAAAAGAGACGGUUUAAAAACUGAGACGACUGUAUAA